AUGAUAGUAUCCCAGACUGAGAAUGUGGGGCUCGAGACCACUCAUCAGCAACCGCACAUCGUGGCUGCUGUAGGUGAAGAUGAAGACUAUCUCAAGUGGAAGCCCGCACGGGAGGAAUUGUUGAUCCUAGCUUGCCUCGCCAUCGUGUCGUUGGUUGUGGCCCUCGACGCCACCAUUCUUGUCCCAGUUCUCCCGACAAUCGCGUCAGACCUGCACGGUGAUACAAAUGAAUCAUUCUGGGUAGGCACAGCAUAUCUCCUUUCCUGUGCUGUGUUUCAACCGCUUUUUGUUGCCCUCUCGACUGUCUUCGGCCGACAGAGCAUACUAUUUCUAUCACUAGUUCUAUUCACAGCAGGGACAUUGAUCUGCUGUCUCUCCCACGGAAUGACCCAGCUUCUGGUCGGCCGCACCGUCCAAGGAGUUGGGGGCGCGGGCAUCCUGUGCCUGACCUUUGUCAUCACGACCGACAUCAUUCCCCUCCGUCACGCCCGGCAUACUCGUCCAUUAUCCAGGUGGCAUUUGUGCACCUGGCGCUGGGUCUUCUAUUUGAACUUUCCCUUUAUGGGUGUUGGGCUCAUCAUGGUCCCGUGGGUGGUGAACCUACGGAGGCCAAGGCAGGACGGACUCACCCAGCAGCUCCGAUCAAUCGACUGGGUAGGAGCCCUACUGUUUAUUGCUAGUGUCUCAAGCUUCUUGAUAGGCAUCACAUGGGGUGGUGGUCAGUUUCCCUGGUCCAGUUGGCGCACUUUGCUUCCCAUCUUCCUCGGUGUGGCGGGGGUGAUCGUUACCGUUUUCUGGUUGUGGAAGGGGGCACGAAAGCCAUUUCUCCGCCUGAGCUUAUUCCGAGAUGUCUCCUCGGGGAUGAUCUACCUUUGCGCCGUUCUUCAGGGACUGUUGAUGUUCUGCGAGCUCUAUUCCCUCCCACUGUACCUCGAAGGACCAAAAGAUAUGUCCCCAACGAUGACCGGGGUGGCCUUGAUGACAAUCACUGGAUCACUCAUGCCAGCCAGUGUUUUGGCUGGCAUUAUCAUUACCAAGUUCGGUCACAUCCGGUGGGCAAUCUGGAUGGGGUGGGUCAUAAUUACCAUGUCCACCGGGCUACUGAUUCUCCUUGACAAUGACACCAAGACGUACGCAUGGGUUUUGAUCUUUUUGUCCGUGGGUUUGGGCCAUGGUUGCAUCAUUGUCUCGAGCAGUAUCUGUGUUCAGGCGCUGGCAGAGGCACGCGACUCAGCACAAGCGGCCUCCAUGUACACUUUUCUGCGGUCCUGUGGGAUGUGCCUUGGGGUUGCUGUCGGGACCAGCGUGGUGCAGAACCAACUCCGACAUCAAUUGCAAAUUCGCCAUCUGCCUGUGGAGAUCGCCGAGAAUGCCCAGAUCUUUAUCGCAAGCCUGAAGAACGCUAAGCCAUCCUAUUCUGCAUCGUUCAUCUACGCGGUGAAUUCGGCGUAUGUUCACAGCCUCAAGACCCUCUUUGAGGUCUUAGUCGCUGUGGCCGGGGUGGGCUUGAUUGCAGCACUAUUUCUGAAGCCCGUCAAUAUGAAUAAAAGGUUGGAUACCCAGCACGGUCUGCAGCAGAGGGACAGGCUGGAUUCGGGAGUGCAGAAAAGGAUCACAGUGGACGAGAGAAACGUUCCGAGACCAGACCAGACAUAUUCCACUAGUGUAUAA